CCGGCUCGUGAGAGUGAGGCGGAGCGAGCUCGAGGGGAGCUUUUGAUACCCUCCCUCCUAACGCAUCACGUUCUGCUGCUGGACGCGAAGCUUUCGUAUCACUUCCUCUCCACACAGAGGCUACCUGUUGCCACGCGAAUGCAGAACAAUGUGGAGGAGCACGCGCCCUGACCUCGCCUGCAAGCUCAGCCUGCGCGACGGCCGCAACUGCCACCGCAAGCACGUCGAGGACGGGUAGAUCGAUCGGUCCUGCCGGCCGGUUCAGUUCAGGUUAGCUCCGUGGUCCAAGGAGGAGGAGGGAAGGAAGGAGGCGACCGGCAAUGGAGGAUGUGGGGGUCGACGGGAAGAGCGUGUUGCAGGGGCGGUACGAGCUGGGGCGGGUGCUGGGGCACGGCAACUUCGGGCGGGUGUACGCGGCGCGGGACAUGCGCACGGGAAGGGGCGUCGCGGUGAAGGUGGUGGCCAAGGACAAGGUGGAGCGCGCGGGCAUGGCGGAGCAGAUCAAGCGGGAGAUCGCGGUGAUGAAGAUGGUGUCCCACCCGAACAUCGUCGAGCUGCACGAGGUGAUGGCCACGCGCUCCAAGAUCUACUUUGCUCUCGAGCUCGUGCGCGGUGGGGAGCUCUUCGCCCGCAUCGUGCGCACCGGACGCGUCCGGGAGGACGUCGCGCGGAGGUACUUCCGUCAGCUCGUCUCCGCGGUGGAUUUCUGCCACGGCCGCGGGGUAUACCACCGCGACCUCAAGCCUGAGAAUCUGCUCCUCGACGAGGCCGGCAACCUCAAGGUCGCCGACUUUGGGCUCAGCGCGCUAGCUGGACACGCCCGCCCCGAUGGGCUCCUCCACACCGCUUGCGGCACGCCGGCCUUUGUCGCCCCCGAGGUGCUCGGCGGGAAGGGCUACGACGGCUCCAAGGCCGACAUCUGGUCCUGCGGCGUCAUCCUCUACGUGCUCCUCGUCGGCGGCCUGCCGUUCCACGACGACAACCUCAUGAUCAUGUACCGGAAGAUGCAGCGCGGCGAGUUCCUCUGCCCGCCGUGGGUCUCCGCGGACGCUCGGAAGCUGAUUGGCGAGCUACUGGACCCCAACCCGAGCACCCGCAUCACCGUCGCCGGCCUCGUCGAGACGCCGUGGUUCCAGAAGACGUCGGCCGUCCCGGCGCCCCUCACGGAGCCCGCGCCCUCGCCGUCCCCGGAAGCGCGCGGCGGCAGCGCCGAAGGCGACAAGGAAGAGCCCGAGGCGCUGAACGCCUUCCACCUCAUCUCCCUCUGCGAGGGCUUCGACCUUUCGCCGCUGUUCGAUCAAGGGCGCGGGGCCGGGAGGUCGCGCGCGGGCAGGCUCCGUUUCGCGACGCGUGAGCCAGCGAGCGGCGUGGUCUCCCGUCUGGAGUCGCUGGCCACCUCCGGCCGCGGGGGCAUGCGCGUGACGAAGAGCGGCGCGCGAUGGGUGCGGCUGGAGGCCGUGUCGCGAGGGCGCACGGGGGCGCGCCUUGCCGUGGCCGCAGAGAUCUUCAGCGUGGCACCGUCGGUGCUCGUGGUGGACGUGAAGAAGGACGGCGGCGACACGACGGAGUACCGGUUGUUCUGCAGCGAGGAGCUUCGGCCGGCGCUCAAGGACAUCGUCUGGGCUUCCGGCGACCCCCCGGCUGCCAUUUGAUGUCGCUGUCGUUCGCGACACAAUUAUUGUCCGUCUGUCGCUGUUGGUAUCCAUGUAGGGGCGUGCAUUAUUGUUUGGUGUCGAAGUGAUGUUUGCUUGUCCGUUUGCGACUCGAAGCUGAUGGUUGCUGCUGGUGUAGUGUUGGGUGUGACCGCUGCUGGUAGUUGGUAUUGGCGCGCGCGAGCAGAAUCGGCGCGAAGCUUUGAACUCUGGAAUUGUGUUUUAAUGGGUGUUGUGUUUUAUCCGACUAGACCUGCUUAGGGUUCAUGACUUUGUGGAUCCAAAGGUAUGGGUUGCCAUGAGGCUUUUUAUGCUUGUGGAAAUACUUGUUGUGCUUAUCUUGGAUGUACCCUCUCCUUUUAUAAUUAAGAGAACUCGUUCAUACUA